CCAAAAACUGAUUCAAAUCUACAUGUAACAACAUUCAAACCAGAACAUGCAAAUCAUACUCUUAAUCUUGUAAUGGCAAAAUUUGCACUAUCAUAUUGUAGCCUGCCAGAACCAGUUUUAGAUCGAAUUAGUUUUUAUAUUAAUAACUCACCUGGGAUAGAAAGGGAUAUUGUAAAUGCAAUUCAACGUUUUAAACAAGAUAAUGUUUGUAAUGAGAUUAAUAAUCCAGAUAAUGAU